UAUGCAGCCUGCCACCUAAUUCAUUCAGUUACGUGACAGAGACAACCCUACCCUUGCUGCCAGAAUGGAAGCUAUCAAGAAAAAGAUGCAGAUGUUGAAGUUAGACAAGGAGAAUGCCAUUGACAGAGCAGAACAGGCUGAAACAGAUAAGAAGGCAGCUGAGGACAAAUGCAAACAGGUAGAGGAUGAGCUGAUGGCUCUGCAGAAGAAGCUGAAAGGAACUGAAGAUGAGCUGGAUAAGUACUCUGAGGCGCUUAAGGAUGCCCAGGAAAAACUAGAGCAGGCUGAGAAGAAGGCCACUGAUACUCCUCGGUGCUACGUCACCACCCCCACCUCCGGCGGCGUGACGUCAUCGGCCCAUUGA